AUGAACGAAGCAGGACUUGGGAUUGCUGUUAAUAGUGCAGGUAGCACUGGUACCAGCGCUGCUCCCGAUACUCCUUUGGGCGCGUUUACGCAAGGGCCCAGGUCAGUGAGCCACCCGCAUCAAAUGCCACAGACGCCUGCAGCGAUGGCCGCCCAGCGUGAACGACUACUGAUGCAGCAGAGGCUGCGGCAGCAGCAGCAACAGCAACAGCAGCAACAGCAGCAACAGGCAAUGCAAAACUACGAAAACCAAUUUUACCAGUUUCUAAUGACUGUCAACAAGAGGCCCAAGCGGUUGUAUAACUUCGCGGAAGACUCGGACGCGGUUAUCAGCAAAUAUGAGCAGUUCAGGCCUAGCUUUGAAUUUCACAUCUACGAAAAUAACUAUAAAAUCUGCGCUCCAGCGAACACGCGAUUACAGCAGCAACAGCGCACACCGCAGGCUACAAGCGAUGGGCUCAUUCUGAACAAGAACAAUGAGACACUAAAGGAAUUUUUGGAAUACGUUGCACGUGGCCGUAUUCCAGAAGCGAUCAUGGAAGUGCUCAAGGAUUGUAAUAUUCAAUUCUACGAGGGCAACUUAAUACUUCAGGUUUACGAUCACACAAACACUGUUGAUGUGAAGCAUACUCAAAAGAAGUCUGCGGACAACAAUGUCGGACCUAACGCCACUCCACACGUCCAGUCGGGCGCCGGACAAGGGCCUGCGGCUGCUAACACUGCAAGUCCCACCCCAUCGGGUACUCCGCAAACAUCGCAGACGUCAGGAACUGAGACAGGCGCUGCUUCCAGCGAUGCUGCCAAGCAUUCUGAAGACAAAAAAGAUACCAAGGAAGUGGUUGCUACAUUCAAACGCCCGCGCGUUUAUCGUACGUUGUUGAGGCCCAACGGCUUGACCCACUACUACGAUAUGCUAUCAUACGCCGAUCAUACGCGUUUUUCAGACAAUAUAUAUCAGCAGUUGGAGGCUGAAAUUCUUACACUUACUAAGCGUAACCUAAAGUUAGAUGUUCCGCUAAAUCCGUUUGAGCACCACGAUAAGCUGGACGAAAGCAUGUUUUGCUCGCCGGAGGUUGGGCCACGAGGCGACCGCAUCGAACACGUUCACCGGGACACUUCGAAAAAGCGCGGCACUAAAGGACAAGUUGGCCAUAUCGAACUUCAUGAGGAGUCCCCUCAGCACAGUUCUAGUUACGAACAGAUGAUGUUGAUUAUGAGCGAACGUACAACAACCACAACAAUGUCCACAAUUGCCGCUUCCCUAGCCAAAAAUGCCGCCGAUCUCACGAACAGCUCGCUGAAAAGCGGCGGUGGUAAAGGCUCGUCUAAUGUAACAGGUACGCCAGGAAGAAGCAAUGGCAGCAGUUCUGUUGCGGCUGCAGCGGUAGCAGCUGCAGCUGCGGUAGGCUCUAGCAGCAACGACAAUAAUCAGUUUAGCAGGCUAAAAUUUGUUGAGCAGUGGCGCAUCAAUAAGGAAAAGAGGAAGCAACAGGCGUUGAACGCUAACAUAGCUCCAACAACUGCUUACAACCAACGGAUAUCGAUGGCCGCGCCAUUGACGGCACAGCAAAUCAAGCAGCAGCAGCUUCUACAGCAGCAGCAGCAGCAGUCUGGAGACCAGCAAAGGGUUUCCAAUAAAAGAACUGGUGACGAAGAAAAGGGCAAGACGAAAAAGCAGCGGAAGACUGUAAAAAAGGCUGCUCCUACAACAGCUGCAGGGGAAGCGCCUAAGAAGAAAAAGCCAACAAAGAAGAAAUAG